AUGGCUACCAACACCAACGGCAACUUCGGACAGUCAGGAGACGAGACACUCAUGCUCAAGUCUUGCGUCGAACGCAACUGUGACGGUAACUUUCGCCCCUUUCACAACGCCCUCUCUAAUGAUUCCGGCAAUAACUUGCAGGCCAAUACCCAGGCAUUGGUGAUCUUCAAUGCGCUCGAAAAGGCUCUGAGUCUUCAGGAGGCGAAGAUAGCGCAGCUCCAGCAGACCGUCACGACGGGCACUGGCGAGUUCCAGGCACUGCGAGACCAGCUGAAGAAGAAGGUGAACAACGAGCUACAAUCGGCGGUGAUCAGCGUGUUUCCCAAGCCCCAGAACGAAGACUUCGACGGUUGGGUGGAAUGCUAUCGAUCACUGACCGAGAACAUCGCCGACUACGCGCACCACACUGGCAACAAGAACCUCUUCGCAAACAAUAAUCCGUUUAAUAAUAACAGCAACAAGAACAACAACAAGGACGGCAACAACAAGAACAACCAGAUGCCCCAGCACCCACCCCGAGCGCAGAACCCAGCGCCAGCAGCAGAAACGGUCGAGAAGGGUCUGUGCCUGUACUGCGGAGGAGAGGGACACAUGAAGCGAGACUGCCCUGAGGCCCCCCAGCUCCUGCAAUCAGCCACUCCCGCGAGAGGCGGUGGAUUCACCUUGACGAGACCCGGAUCCGCGCUGCCUGACGGGAACCUCCAGGGAAGCGGCAGCAACAACACCAACCCUUUUCGACAGGGCCACGCGUCGGACCUUCGGAUCAGAGCCAUCGGCUGGAGAGGGAACGCGGAUGACUGGCCAGGGAGCACCACGAGCACCCCCGGAUACAACAACGGAUACGGUCAGCAGUACGGCCACGAGGGUAAUGGCGAUCAACCCUCGAGAGAGUCAAAAGGUCAGGUCCUGAGGAAAGUCGCCCCUAGGACCUUGACCACGAAGAUGUUCCAGAUAUGGAUGUGCUGUACCUCAAAUCAGCGAACACGGGCGGGAAUUCUCUCCUACUGCGUGCAACCGUCCGUCAAGGUGGCCGCGGCAAGGAACAACGUCACUGAAUUCGUCACCGUGACGAUGGAGGUGGAUGGCCACCUGGAAACCCUGCUGUGCUUCUUGACGGAACUGGGCAACGAGAAUCCUCUGAUCCUGGGCUUUCCAUGGCUUCAGACGCACAAUCCUUCUAUUGACUGGCAGACAUGCGAAAUAACCUUCUGCUCUGACUUCUGUAGGAACAAUUGCUUCCAUGUCCGACCUGUUCAGGUCAGAGGCGGUAGGAAAGCACCAAACCCAAACCAGCACAAGAAGAAGGUCCAGUUCGCUGAAACUGAACCCCUCCGCGACUGUUCACCUGACGACCUCAAGAUCUCUUCAGCAGUCUCUUUCGCAUGGUUUUGCCGUCAGAAGGGUGUCACGAUAUCCCGGAUCACGGUCAAGCAACUCGAGCAAGCCAGCCUCCCAGAACUCAAGCCCCCAGAACUCUCCGAACACGACAUCCGACAGAUCCUGACUACGGAAGGGUCGACAGAAGAACACAAAGCGAAGCUGGACACUCGGUACCACGUGUUCAUGGACGACAUAUUCGACAAACACUUCCUGAACCGGGUCACGGACAAGGAUAUCAAGAAAUACCUCAAGGACAAGGAGCCUGCCACGUUCAACAACAUUAAGAAGAAGCUGCCACCUGAAUACCAUGAUCUUAUCGACGUUUUCCUGCCUUUUGGAGCAACCACUCUGCCCGAACACCGCUCGUACGACCAUCACAUUGAUAUCGAACCCGGCAAGUCCAUACCGAACCUGAAAACGCGUCCUAUAUCCCAAUCCGAGCUCCGAGUCAUGAAGAAAUACCUUGAUAACAACAUGCAAAAGAAGGAACACGUUUGCAAGGUGCUUGAGGCACUGAGGGCAGCGAAUCUGCACAUCGAUAUUGGGAAGUGCGAGUUCCACACGACCAAGACCAAGUACCUCGGCCUCAUCAUAUCCACGGACGGCAUCAGCAUGGACCCAGAGAAGCGCUUCCUGGGCUUCGCAAAUUUCUAUCGACAGUUCAUCCGCGGCUUCUCGUUAAUUACGAGACCUCUGACAGGCCGCCUCAAGACAUCAGAACGAUGGGAUUGGACCCGCGAUUGCCAGACAGCAUUCCAGAGCCUCAAGGAGUCUUUCACACGCGCAGUAGUUCUCUCGUACUUCCAUCCCGCGAGGCAAACGAUGAUCGAGACGGAUGCCUCGGAUUGGGCAGCCGGAGGUGUGGUCUCUCAGUAUGAUGACGACGGAAACUUGCACCCCAUCGGCUUCUAUUCGGCCAAACACACGCCUGCUGAGGCAAAUUACGAGAUAUACGACAAGGAACUGCUGGCGAUCAUCAAGGCGCUCAAAAAGUGGCGACCAGAGCUCCAAGGCACAGACGAGCCAUUUGAGAUCAUCACUGACCACAAGAACUUGCAGUACUUCAUGACGACCAAACUUUUGACGCAGAGACAGGCUCGUUGGGCGGAGUUCCUCAGCCAGUUCAACUUCCAGAUUGUCUAUCGCAGUGGCAAGCAGUCUGUCAAACCUGAUGCGCUCAGCAGACGGCCUGGCGACUCACCUAUGAAGUUCGACACCACGAACUCUCGUGUGGCGGCCAGACAGCAGACAAUUCUCCCAGCUUCACGGAUAUCCCCAGGCAUGGAUCAACAGGACGAGGAGUACUUGUGCGUGUUGGACACCUCCGAGGACCUCGAUGACCUGAUCGACAUAGCAUACAGUACAGACCCAAUGACAAAAAAGGUGGUGAGAGCCUUGCUAAUACAGAGAUCGUGGCCAAAGACCGUGAAACGAUUCAUACAAGUGCCAUUCGGCGACUGUGAGUUGCGCGACGGCCGCGUCUUUUACCGCAAUAAGCUGUUCAUUCUGGAGAACGAUCACCUGCGGUUACAGAUUGAGUAUUACAGGAAGAAGGAAGCUCUCGAACAGAGGGAUUGGCAUAAAAGAAGAGAAGAGAGUGAAUCAGAGUCAAGUGACGAUUCGGACACGGAUUCAGAUGAGAACUCCACAGAGAGCGACGAUACCACUGAUUACGAUGUUUGA